GCGUGUUUCUUAACCUGAGCUAUAUUGACUCGUAGUAUUUUACAAAUUUAGCUAUGGAGUCGUUAUUGCAAUAUUGUAUAAAUUAACUUUACAAUGAUUAAAUCGUCGAUACGCCGAAGGAAGAUAAAGUAAGAAAAUAAAGUAAAAGAAAAUUAGUGAGAAAUAAAUUGGAAGAAUGGCUACUGAGCGGAAAGACGAGGCAACAGCGGUGGAGCAGAGAAAGUCUCUUUCGUCGGCUCUACCUUUUAUAAGCGCUGGCAUAUCCGGAAUGUGCGGGACGCUUUGCGUUCAUCCAAUGGACGUCCUAAAGAUUCGAAUGCAAAUGAACAACGAAUCCAUCCCCAUAAUUAAUAUCAUCGGAUCUAUAAUACGCCGUGAAGGUCCUUUGACUUUUUACGACGGAUUAAGUGCCGGACUCUUCCGACAAGCACUCUAUACGUCUGCUAGAUUGGGUAUCUACAAUAAACUUCACGACGCACACAUAACCUAUUACGCGCAGAGACCGACAAUUAUAAUUUUGAUAUUCAUCGCAGCGAUUUCCGGUUCUCUUGGUGCAUUUAUCAGCACACCAGCGGACGUCGCUUUAGUUAGGAUGAGCUCGGAUGGAAGAUUAUCAUCAGAGCAAAGAAGAAACUACAAAAACGUCUUUGAUGCCUUCUAUCAAAUGGUCAAAAAGAGCGGGGUGAGAAGUCUGUGGCGAGGUACCGGUAUUACCAUGGGUCGAGCUACGGUCGUCAACGUCUCUCAACUAGCCACCUACAGCCAAGCCAAAACUACCAUCGCAACAAAGUUUCAUGUCCCCGAGGGCUAUCCUCUUCACUUUUACGCCUCGUUGAUAUCCGGAAUCAUAACGACCGUCAAUUCGAUGCCAUUAGACAUCGCCAAGACACGGAUACAAAAUAUACGUACGGCUAAGUCCUACUCGAUUCUCGGUGUCAUCGUCAAUAUUAUCGAGCACGAGGGCAUCCAGGCGCUGUGGAAAGGAUUUUGGCCGAGUUACUGCAAAAUAGGCACCCACACCACCAUAAUGCUCAUGUGCAACGAGUGGAUCACCAAAUUCUAUAGAAUCACCUUUCUGGAAUGAACGACACUCAACUUGUUCGCGCUAGCUUUACCUUAUCAAUGGGAAUGUCCUGCCCGAAAUGUAUGCCAAGCGACUUUCGAUUAAUCACUUUAAAUCGUCACUAGCUACUCACCAGCGAUCUCCACUUUACUUAUAUCAACUCCAUAUUAACAUUAAAUUACAAAAUUUCAUUACAAGCCUUUCUAGCGAUAAUUAC